CGCGGACAAGCCAUAUAUUGCCAGCACACGGAGGACGAGACUCCAUGCUACAGUGAACCAAUAGUUACGUUGCGGUGGGUGCCCCAUAGCCAUUGCAGCUCGGCCAUUCCUCAUGUACGUUUGCUCUGAUGAAUAAUCACGCACACACUUCCCGCUUAUUGAAUGUUAAAGUCUUCAUGUGCAUCAUCAUGCAUUUCGCGUUUUUGUUUCCCUCCAAGUGUCAUAAGAUCCUCCAAACGCUUCAUGGGUACUGCAAAUUCAAAUUACACCAAAACGAGCACUCCCUCUUGGAAUUCAAUAAUCUUGGAUCGCUUAAGAAACCAAAGGGUGGACGAAGCUCGUGUGCUUUUCGACAAAAUACCAUAUCGCGAUGUGCAUUUGUAUACUAUGAUGAUCACGGGUUACUCGCGGCACAACAGACUUGAAGAGGCAUUGCAACUUUUCUAUGAAAUGCCAAUCCGCGACGUGGUUUCUUGGAAUUCAAUGAUCAAAGGGUGUUUGGAUUGUGGGGAUUUAAGUAUGUCCAGGAAACUGUUCGAUGAAAUGCCUGAAAGGAAUGUUGUUUCUUGGACAACAAUGAUGAAUGGGUUUUUGCAGUAUGGUAAAAUCGAAAUGGCAGAAGUGUUCUUCUGCCGGAUGCCUUUGAAGGAUGUAGCUGCGUGGAAUUCAAUGAUUUAUGGGUAUUGUAGUUGGGGCAGAGUUGAAGAUGCUCUUCAGUUGUUUAGGGAGAUGCCUUGUCGUAAUGUGAUUUCAUGGACUUCAAUGAUUAGUGGGUUUGAACAGCAUGGGAAGAGUGAUAAGGCUUUGUUUAUCUUUAGGCAGAUGGCGAUUUCUGGAGUUGAACCAACUUCAAGCUCGUUUUCUUGUGUACUGACAGCCUGCGCUAAUAUAUUGGCUUUACACCAGGGUAUGCAGAUUCAUGCCCAUGUUCUUAAGUUGGGAUAUUUUUUGGACACAUAUAUCUCUGCUUCACUUAUCACAUUUUAUGCAAAAUGCAAGAUAAUUGAGGAUUCUUGUAAAGUUUUCAAUGAGAAAUUGCAUAUAAAUGUAGUCAUAUGGACAGCCCUUUUAACAGGCUAUGGUUUGAACAAUAAGCAUGGAGAUGCCUUGAAGGCUUUUGGUGACAUGAUGAGAAUGGAUGUUCUUCCUAAUCAAUCCUCCUUCACCAGUGCUUUGAAUUCAUGCUGUGCACUGGAGGCUUUUGAUAAGGGAAGAGAGAUUCACACGGCAGCUAUUAAGCUGGGCUUGGAAACAGAUGCAUUUGUGGGUAAUUCUCUUGUUGUCAUGUAUUCUAAAUGCGGUCAUAUGAAGGAUAGUAUAGCUACGUUUAAGACAAUUAGGAAGAAGAACAUAGUUUCUUGGAACUCAAUUAUUGUAGGAUGUGGACAACAUGGUUUUGGCUGGUGGGCUCUCACAUUAUUCAACCAAAUGAUACGUGCUUGGAUUGAGCCAGAUGAGAUCACAUUAACUGGUUUGCUUUCUGCUUGUAGCCAUUCUGGAAUGCUACAUAAAGGAAGAACCUUUUUUGAGUACUUCAGUCAAUACAAAUCCAUUGAGCUGAAGCUUGAGCACUUUGCUUGUAUGGUGGAUAUCUUGGGCCGAUGUGGGAAGUUGAAAGAAGCAGAGGAUUUAAUUAAAAAUAUGCCAAUAAAAGCAAAUUCCAUGGUAUGGCUAGCUUUGCUUAGUGCUUGCAGGAUGCAUUCUAAUUUAGAGGUUGCUGAAAGAGCUGCAAAUUCCAUAUUUGAUUUGGACACACAUUGUAGUGCCGCAUAUGUUUUGUUGUCUAAUUUAUAUGCUUCCAUUUGUAGAUGGAAUGAUGUCUCAAGGAUCAGGGAGCAAAUGAAACAACGUGGGAUUGUAAAACAACCAGGAUGCAGCUGGGUUACUCUAAGGGGAAUGAGGCAUGUGUUUCUUUCAGGGGAUAGGUCCCAUCCUCUCAGUAAGAAAAUAUAUCAAAAACUAGAUUGGUUGGGAGGAAAGUUGAAGGAGUUUGGUUAUGUCCCUGAUCAGAGGUUUGCUUUGCAUGAUGUUGAGGAUGAACAGAAGGAAGAGAUUUUAUCUUAUCAUAGUGAAAGGCUUGCCAUUGGAUUUGGGCUGGUAGCUACCAUAGAUGGUUGCACAAUAACUGUGAUGAAAAACCUUCGUGUAUGCGGAGAUUGUCAUUCAGUCAUCAAGAUUAUUGCAAAGAUAGUGGAACGGGAGAUAAUUGUAAGAGAUUCUACUCGUUUUCACCACUUUAGGGAUGGGAUUUGUUCCUGUGGGGAUUACUGGUAGCACUUUAUGCGUGCUUUUCCAAUUAUUUCUUUGGAUGGCCAUGGGUUGAGACCUAAUGUGUGUUGACCUAAAGGAGGAUCCUUUGGCUGGCUUGGUUGGAAAUCUCAAUAAUGUUUCAAGGACAUUAUGCGGAGCCUUCUUCAACUAGUUUGUGCUGUCCAAUCAAAGAACCUUGAACAUAUGUACCUGAAAUGGAAUUAAAUGCUUCGGUUGGAAUGUUUUUUGCUGCCAUCUAGCUGGAUGAUGUGAUGUUGAAUGGCAGGAAUGCAAAAAUCUUGGAUCCAUGCAUGAAGAUGACAAGAAUACCACAAUGAAAAGGAGUUUUGGAUUGAAGGGUUCAAGGGAGCUGAAUGAGGCAGAGGAGAUUUGUAAUGAUAUAGAUAGAGGUUCAAUUGUGUAUGUUGGUGGCUAAUUGCUAAGGAUGAUCUUAAUGAUUGAUUCCUUGGAGUAUUUUUUUUUUUUCUGAUUCAGAAAAGAUUUUAGAAUUAUGAUUAGAAAAUGAUGACAAUAACAUCAAAGAGUUGAAAGGAAGAAUGGCUGAGGGGAAUAUAGAGGCUAGUUAAUGCAAUGGAGAAGGGAAAGUUGUGAAAGUUUGUGUUGUAUCAAGUGGAAUAUCUUGAAAAAGAAGUACCUCCACGUAGAGCAUACACUUUGAUUUUGGGGGAUGACAAGGUGAAGCCUGGGUACUUUGAGCUGGAAGAUGCAUCAUGCAUAUGAAAACCUAGGGAAAAGCUAUCAUGGUCAGAAAGAGAAGGUGAGAGCAGAAAUUGAAAUUUUAGAAGAGCGUAAGAUACAUAGGAUUUCAAGCAUCUUAACUGGACUUGCAGCCCUUCCCAGCUGCUACAAGCUAGUGAGUGUACAAAGAAACUAAACACUAAAAGUUGAUGUCACAUUAUCAGAGAAUUUAUCAGAAAAGUUUAUGUAAGUUUACAAAAACUCGUUCAUUUGAGAAAGUUGUGUGUUCAUGUGCUUGGGCCCUAAUUCAAUAGUUGUUUGAACUUCGUGUUGAAAAA